AUGAAGCCUGUAACUGUUGAAGAGCUAUCAACUUUGUAUAUGAAUCUGGCGCGAUUAGGUCAUGCGGAAGUGCUGCUUGAGUUGCUUAAGCAUGGCGCGGACCCUAACCAACAGAAUGGCAAAAAAAGAGACAUCUCUGUUUCCUCGCAUCGAAGAAUGGACAUAGAGAUGUCGUGCGGGUGUUUCUGGAAAAUGGAGGAAAUCCAUAUAUCCAGAGCAAGUACUUCCAGACUGCCCUCUUUCCUGCAUCAAGAUGGGCAAAACCAUUGA